CGGUCCAAAAGAGACACCUCUGUCUCUCCCCCCCCUGCUUCCUUUCUCUCUCUUUUUUCUUCUUCUUCCCAACGCGGAUUCACUCGGUUUUCGUGUUCCCGCGGCCUACUCUGACGUCUGAACCCCAUUUUCUCUCUCUCUAAAACCUCUCUCUCCCAGCUCUGGAGAAACCAACUGAGCAAGAGCCUCUGUUUUCUAUCUUACAAUGGCUAAAUCAAAGAAAGUCUCUUACAUCUCCGUGCCUUCACAAAUAAUCAACUCUCUUUCUUCUUCCUCCCUUCAGUCUCUGCUUGUCUCCCCCAAGAAGUCCUCCAGGAGCUCAAGCAAGUUCUUUUCUUUCUUGUUCAAGAACCCAAGGCUCUGGUUCCUUGCUUUCUUUCUUUUUGGCUUCAUAGCCAUGCUGAAAAUGUGGUUCAAUCUCGAGCCUUUGAUCCCCUUCUCGCCAAACCCUUGUGGUAUUACCCAGUCCCAGGGGAUAGUCUCUGCUGGGUCGUUGAGUUCUCAUCUGGGUGUUAAGGAAGAUGGGGAAAAGAGUGAGUUCUGGGAGCAGCCUGAUGGGUUGGGGUACAGACCGUGUUUGGAGUUCAGCAAAGAGUAUAAGAAGACGAGCCUGGAGAUUGUGGAGGACAGGACCAAGUAUUUGAUGGUGGUAGUCUCAGGUGGGAUGAAUCAGCAGAGGAAUCAGAUAGUUGACGCCGUUGUGAUUGCCAGAAUUCUCGGCGCUGCUCUGGUUGUUCCCAUCCUACAAGUCAACGUCAUUUGGGGUGACGAAAGUGAAUUUUCUGAUAUAUUUGAUAUGGAGCAUUUCAAGAGAGUUCUGGCCAAUGAUGUGAGAAUAGUUUCAUCAUUGCCGUCCACGCAUCUGAUGUCAAGGCCUGUAGAGGAGAAGAGAACGCCACUUCAUGUCUCUCCUCAAUGGAUCCGUGCACGGUACCUCAAAAGGCUUAGGAGGGAAGGGGUUUUGCUUCUACGCGGGUUGGAUUCAAGGCUUUCUAAGGACCUCCCUUCUGAUCUUCAGAAGCUUCGAUGCAAGGUGGCUUUUCAUGCAUUGAGGUUCUCGCAGCCAAUUUUGGAACUCGGUAACAAACUGGCAGAGAGGAUGAGGAGCAAAGGACCUUACCUUGCCCUUCAUCUACGAAUGGAAAAGGAUGUAUGGGUGAGAACAGGUUGUCUUCCUGGUUUGAGCUCUCAGUAUGAUGAGAUAAUAAACAAUGAGAGGAAACUAAGACCCGAGCUCCUAACUGCUAGAUCAAACAUGACUUACCAUGAAAGAAAGCUUGCAGGCCUCUGCCCCUUAAACGCCUUGGAGGUUACAAGGCUGCUUAAAGCUCUUGGAGCUCCAAAAAGUGCAAGGAUAUACUGGGCUGGAGGGCAACCAUUCGGUGGGGAAGAAGCUUUGCUGCCAUUAACCCAAGAGUUUCCUAAUUUCUACAAUAAGGAGGACCUGGCCUUGCCUGGUGAACUAGAGCCAUUUUCAAAGAAAGCCUCCUUCAUGGCUGCCAUUGACUAUAUUGUUUGUGAGAAGAGUGAUGUUUUCAUGCCGUCUCAUGGGGGAAACAUGGGCCAUGCAAUUCAGGGGCAUCGGGCUUAUGCAGGUCACAAGAAGUAUAUAACCCCGAAUAAAAGACAGAUGAUUCCUUACUUUCUGAACUCUCCUCUCCCUGAAGCAGAGUUCAACAGGGUUAUAAUGGAACUGCACCGUGAUUCCUUUGGUCAGCCAGAGCUCAGGGCUAGCAAAGCUGGAAGGGAUGUUACAAAGUACCCUGUCCCUGAGUGCAUGUGUAAUAGUACUUCAAGCACACAUUCCAUGUUAUGAGAUAAUUGCUACAGCUUCCCACAUGAUCAUACCACGAUAGAUAUCAUCAUUGGACUGAUGAAAUCUCUUCAACAUGCCCCUGAAUCCAAGGUCCCUUGAGAACACAACAGUUGCUCAUCUUUUUCAGGCUGAUGAUGCUUCUAAGGAAGAAGAAUGCCGCCUUGGAAGGGCAGUUUUGGAUGGCAUGCUCUCUCUGCAAGUACACUCUGAUAUUCAUACUUGCAUAUACAUAUAGUAAUUGUGCUUAUCCUUGUAUGCAUGUCAAGUGAAAUCAAUCAUGCAGCAUGUCUUAUGGCAUAUUUUUUUUUAUUCUUUACUUAGGGCUGGGGGUGUCAAGGAUAGAUAUAUUUGUGUUCUGCUUCAUUCUUUUGUACUGCAUCCCUGUUUCACAGGCCAAUACAUGUAUAGUUGUACAUGAAAGUAUUCUAUUGAAAUUCAAUAACAUUGGGUUCACAACUUUGUUUUA